AUGUUGGCUGCCGUACGUACAGUAGCCGUCAGAAAUUCAAUGAAUCAUAGAUUCAAUUACAUUUCUAAACCAAUUUUCGGGUGGAAAAUCAAUCUUUCAGUUUUAUUGCUCAGCUCAUUUUUAUCGAUUUUCUACUAUUUCAGAUUUGAAAUGAUGGAGAAUGGAACGUUCUGGACGAUGCCUUUGAACUGUCCUGGGUACAAUCCAUCGUAUUUUGUGCCAAAUGUCAUUUUUCAAGAACGCGAUUUUUAUAAAGCCUCCGACGGAUUAUUCAGAAACAUUAAUUUAAUAAUUGGGGGAGGAAUCGGAAAAAUUUUACCAUGUAUUUUGUUUCCAACACUUACGAUUAUACUGAUUAGAGAGUUAAAGAAAGCGAGGUUGGCAAGAGAGAAGGCGAAAAAAGAGAGUAUUGGAGGAAAGAGAAAAGAACUAACAACUCGUCUUGUGAUCUACAUGACCGUCUCAUUUUUUGCUAUCGAAUUCCCAAUUGGAAUUUGUUUUUGGGUCGAAGCAGCCUCAAGUGCAUUCAAUGAAAAAAGCGUCGCCACAAGCAUCAUCCAACUUCUGAAUAUGAUCUACGUCGUCAUGACACUCUCUCAUUUUUCAAUCUGCUUUUUCAUGUCUUCCCAAUAUCGAACAACCGUCAAAUCGAUUUUUCAAAGAGAAAAUUCGAUUAAAAAUCAAACAAUGUCAGUGGUCAGUGUGAUGCAAAAUGCAAGAUCUGGAAAUAGUUCGAAUAUGUGA